AUGUCUGAAGCCUCAGCAGCUGCCUCUGCUGCCCAAGCUUUACUGCCAGCCGUUCGAAACCUGCAUCUGUCAUCAGAGCAAGCAUCAACGAGUUCGGCCCAGCCCGGUCGUGAGCCGAGUCGCGGAACCAAUCGCGGGCGCGGCCGAGGCCGAAGGAACGACGGAAGCAGGGUAGACCGCACUGCGAAAGCCACCGACCAGAAUCUCUCAGGCGCUGACGGAACGCCUUCGUCAUCAUCAGCAACCGGCCAAGAAGCUCGCAAGCCAAACUCGAAGAAGAAGUCCAGAAGAGGCGGGGGGUCCAAACCUAGCCAAUCGAAUGGAUCCGCCGCAGACGUAGGCGAAUCGAACGCCACCCAGCAAGACAAUGCACCACAGCCACGCGUAGCAGCUCGCCGCCAGCAGUUCGGCGGUAAGCUCACCGGCAGCUCGGCCAAUGCCGGCGGUGCGCCAGCUUCCUCAGCCCAGCAGGGUGCCAAGGCGUCUCAGAACGGACGCGCCAAGAAGCCAGCGGUCAAGGUGCCGGCUGUAGCUGAGCCCGUCGAGUAUGCCGACCUGCGAUCUCGUCUUCUCGCCGAGCUCUCGUCGGGCGAGUACGACUGCGUCAUCUGCUACAGCACCGUCACCACGCGCCAGGCCACCUGGUCGUGCUCACAGUGCUACUCUGUGCUCCACUUGCCAUGCGUGCGCAAGUGGGCCGACAGCAGCGUCAAGAAAGCCGAAGAGCAUAACGCUAUGCAGGAAGACCCAGAGAUCCGCAACCGCCGCGGCACUUGGCGAUGUCCAGGAUGCCAGUACGCAAGGGAAGACGUCCCCAAGAUCUACUGCGAUGCAGCCGCGGGAAAUGCGCUCACGGCUGCGCCGAUUCGUGUCAUCCAGGACCAUGUCCGCCGUGUGCCGUCACGGUCUCUCAGAAAUGCUUCUGCGGUGCCCAAACCAUUCCAAUGCGCUGCUCGCAGACCGCAGCCAAGGAGGCGCGUCUCUCUGCUCUGCAUCAACGUGGCACCUCUUGCGGUGGUGUUUGUGGCAAGAAGCUGGACUGCGGCAGCCAUACAUGUGAGGAUGCCUGUCAUCCCGGCGAAUGCCAACCUUGCGGCAUCCAAGUGGAUGCGCGCUGCUACUGUGGCAAGCACACCAGGACGAUGCGCUGUGGAGACGGCGUCCCCCAAGACAGCUUCGACGAUGAGAGCGCAAUUGGCUUCCGGGGCCGCUUCAACUGCGAUGACGAGUGUCGGCGUCCCUUCGAUUGCGGUGUCCACUACUGCUCGAAGCCCUGUCAUGCCCGUGAUCCACAAAGGCCCACCCAAUCCCGACGUGCGGCAAUACGUGCUCAAAGGUGUCGAUCUGCGGUCAUCCGUGCCCCGCGGUCUGCCACCUGGGACCUUGUCCGCCAUGCAGGGUGCCCGUGUCGACGCCUUGUCGAUGUGGAGAGACAAAGCAGAGCCGAACUUGCCACGAACGCCAGCAGGAAGAACUCGAGGGACGCCAGGAGGUGCUGUGCUCCACCGUGUGCCAGUCGCUGCGCCACUGUGGCAAGCAUCAGUGCAACCGCCAAUGCUGUCCCCUCUACUUCCAGGCCAAGAGCAAGUCCAAGAAACGACCCACGUUGGCCGAGCUGCAAGCUCUCGAUCCGGCCGGCCUGCACGAGUGCUCGAUCCCGUGCUCGAAGCCGUUGCCCUGUGGUUCGCACGAGUGCCCAAUGACGUGCCACCGUGGAGCUUGUCCGCCGUGCCUGCAGGCGAGUUUCGAAGAGCUGAUCUGCCACUGUGGUCGCACCGUCCUGGAGCCACCGGUGCCAUGUGGCACGCAGGUGCGAUGCAACUUCCCGUGCGUGCGGCCGCCGCCGAGCUGUGGCCAUCCAAAGAUGCCGCACGACUGCCACGAAGACGAGCCUUGCCCUCCCCGUGCGAUGCACUGCUCAACUGCGGCUUCCACCGUUGCCAAGGCAUCUGCCACAUCGCUGGACAAGAGUGCCCGCCCUGCGCGCAGACGUGCGGCAAGCCACGCCGACUGUGUCAGCACGCUUGUCAGGAGAAGUGCCAUGCGCCGUCGUCGUGCCCCGAGACGGAACCAUGCCAGGCGAUCAUCACGUUGCAGUGCGCCUGCGGCAAUCUGCAGUCGCGCAUCAAGUGUGGCGUGUCGAUUCAUGCUCCCAACAAGGAAAAGUCGCUUAAGUGCAAUGACUCGUGCAUGAUUGCGCAGAGGAACGCCAAGCUGGCCGAGGCGCUCGGCCUGAAUCCCUCGGAGAAGACGGCACCGGCCUCUUACGAAUACGGCACGCUCGCAUACUACGCCGUUCCUGCCAACCGCAAGUUCUGCGACGAGUUGGAAGCGACGCUGAACGACUUUAUCCGCUCGCCACGCGCGGGCAUGAUUCUGCCGCCAGCCAACAAGUUCCAACGCGCGUUCACGCACGAGCUCGCGGCAGUGUACAAGCUGGCCAGCGAGAGUGUCGAUCAAGAGCCGCGUCGCAGCGUGAGCAUCCGUCGCAAACAAGACAGCCGCAUUCCGAAGCCGUUGCUCACCGAGGCAUUCGCUUCGGCUCGAGCCACGCUCAUGUCGAAUCAGCACCAGCAAUCGUCGUCGCAUCUGCAGUCUGGCAAGUCCGUUGGGCUCGCUCAGCUGCAACGACCGUCGGCUGAAGCUCCAAAGCCGCUAAACGCCGUAUUCCUGCCUGGCGUGUUUGGUCACGACCAGGACUCGCUGCGAUCGCUGUUGCAACCCGUGCUGCGCACGAUCAACUUUGUGGUGACCUGGAAGGGCGACGAGGAUGUGAUCGUCACUUCGCCGGACUCUCCCACUCGGCUGAUCAUGAUGAAGACCGAACUCAAGGCGCUUCUGCGUCGCGAGCAGUUUGCACGGGAUGCCAUCCUCUGCACGGUGGAUGCCAACAAGAAUGUCGUACGCAGGGAAGACGAGCCGCUGCUCAGCAAUGGCGGCCGCGCCUCUGGCGGCCCGACAAGGGCUUCACUAGCGAUGAAACGAGGCGGUCCUGGAGCCGGAGGCAGUGGCAGUGGCUCGGCAGGGCUGGGCAAAGCAAGCCCGAAUCUGGCCGGGGACCGGGGCUGGGCAUCUGUAGCGUCUGGAUCCGGUCGUAACUCGCCUGCGCAGGUCAACGAGCCUGUGUGGGGGCAGCCCACCAUGGCCGCCCAGACGAAUAGCGUACGCACGACGGCUCCCAUCGCCGGCAUCGUCCCGAAUCCGAAUGCGCCCAGACCGGCAGCUACCGACGUUCCCGCCGCAGCUCCAGCCACAGAAGCGUCGACCGUCGAAGGACCUGUGCCCGAAAGCUGGGAAGACGAGAGCUGA